UAAAUGAGUAGUAGAAGAAGAAGCACUUUACGCAGGUGUUUACGUUUUCCUACUUCCGUAGCUGUCUAAAGCGGAAUAACGUUACUAAUCUAACGUUAAAUUCAAACAGUUGAUAAGAAACCCUCGGUCAUGUUUCUGAUUUUUAAUUCAGCGUUAAGUUUCAGAGAUGCCUGACAGAUGAACAUUAUUAAGGUUGUUUACUGUCCACUAUAGGCGCUGUAUCGCGAGUUUUCCUCAUAUUUCAUCGCAGGCUAAGCUAAAGCUAAAGCUAGCGGUGUGUUAGCUGCGGGUCAGCAGCAGUGGACAUAAUUUAUUAAAUCAUCGCCUGAUCCGCAUUUUGUCCAGUGUAAAUUUCGAUAUCAAACAAGGCAGUCAUGGCCACUAGGCGUCUGACCGAUGCCUUCUUGUUAAUGCGGAACAAUGCAAUCCAAAACCGGCAGAUAUUGGCUGAGCAAGUGAGUACAUACGACCCCCGUCUGAGUACACGUAGCAAUGCUGCGGAGCUUGAUGAGUUGGCCGAUGAUCGAAUGGCCCUGGUGUCAGGAAUUAGUCUGGAUCCUGAAGCGGCCAUUGGCGUCACCAAGAGGCUGCCCCCCAAAUGGACAGAGGGGAUUGAUGAGAUCCAGUAUGAAAUCACACGGGUUCGGCAGAAGAUGAAGGAUCUGGCCUUACUUCAUGACAAGCAUAUGAAUCGACCCACACUUGAUGACAGUAGUGAGGAAGAGCAUGCCAUAGAAAUCACUACUCAGGAGAUUACACAGAUGUUUCAUCGAUGCCAGCGAGCUGUGACGGGGCUACACUCUCGUUGUGGCCACUGUACCGAGCAGGAGGAGAGGCUAUUGAGAAACGUGGUCUCGUCCCUGGCACAGAGCCUGCAGGAGCUCUCCACCAACUUCAGGCACACACAGUCCGGCUACCUAAAACGUAUGAAGAAUCGUGAAGAGAGAUCAAAGCACUUUUUUGACUCUGGACCCCUAAUGGAAGAGGAUGAAGAUUUAGCUGUAUAUGACAAGGGGUUCACAACUGACCAGCUGAUGCUGGUGGAGCAGAACACAGUUAUGGUGGAAGAACGAGAGCGGGAGAUCCGACAAAUAGUGCAGUCCAUCUCAGAUCUAAAUGAGAUUUUCCGGGACUUGGCAGGAAUGGUGGUGGAACAGGGCACCGUUCUUGACAGAAUUGACUUCAAUGUGGAGCAGUCUUGUGUGAAAACAGAAGAGGGUGUGAAACAGUUACAAAAGGCGGAACAGUAUCAGAAGAAAAACAGAAAGAUGCUGGUCAUUUUGAUCCUCUUUGUCAUAGUCAUGGUUCUAAUUGUUAUUCUUUUUGGAACAAAGUUUUAAUCAUGCAUUCCUCUGGCUUUUGUUUUCUGUGUGGGUGUUUUUGUUGUGCAUCUGUGUGUACUUGGACUUGGUCUCGGUUCUACUCGAAACAAAGCCUUUCAUUCACCAGGAAACGUGAAGAAGAUUUCCUCGUCCCCUUUGCAGGUGCACUUUGGGCUGUGUGGAGAUGUUUUGUGGUUGAUUUUAAUGAAAGAAACAAUCAACAAUCUGUCUGAGCCGUGGCUAUUUAAUCAAGUGACUUGCACCCAAAUCCCCAAGACUCUGUGACAGAAGUUUGUCGAACCCGACUAUGUUGACGUGUGUGUCUUGACAAAGAAAAAACACUUUGUGGACUACCAAUGUUUAACUGCUAAAGCAGAGUGUUAUCUGCUUGAACUCAAAGCACGAAUUGUGACGUUUGUUGUGUGACAAUGCAUCAUUUCUGUCCAGUAUCAACGCAAACAUUUUGUUUCUGUGAGGAAGAUGUGACAAGAACGCAUGUUUGUGAGAACGAAAUAUGUAGUUAGUCUCUUUUCACUGCAAAUUAAUUUUCAUUCCGACAUUACGUUUAUGUCCCGGCUCAGUAUUUUACCUUGAAAGACUAAAAUAAAAUGUUUUGUAAUAGGACAAUAACAGAUAUGAUUAGAAUAGUCGUUCAGUACCAAAAAUAUUCCUUUUGGUUUAAGGACCAGCUGUUUUUUUUUUUUUAUCCCUUUACUCCACAAUUAAAUUAUAACACUCAGAGGAUUGUUAGUGCAUUGUUGGCCUGAGGAGGGUGUAGACAGCUCCCUGUAAUUUAAAAAUCAUACCUGCAUCACAGCUGCUGCACUUUACAUGAAGUGCUCAUUUUAAAACACUUAAUUUCUUCCGCCAAGGAGGUUAUGUUUUCAGUUGGGUUUGUCCGCUCGUCAGCAGGAUUACGAAACAACUGGGCCGAUUUUCAUGAAACUUGGUGGGACGGUGUAGCAUGGGCUACGGAAAAAACACAAUUUUGGAGCACAUCCGAAUCACGGGGCGGAUUCACUAAUUAAUUUUCACUUUCAUUAACAUUGCGAUAUAGGGCCUUUGCGGGGGUCUGUGCGUUCCGUGCCCUUCUGGUUGUUUAUGUUCUUAAUGGUCCUUGCUUAAAGUGCUAUCUUUUUUAAACUCUUGCAGUUUGCACAUAUUGAGGCCUGAGAGGGGGGGAGGGUGGUCGUGUCAUGGAUGUAAUACUACUGUCAUCUGUAUGAUGAAAAUAAUUAUUUAUUUUUUAAUAACUUCGAAUAAUCAAGAGGUUCAAAGGUUCUGUCUGUCUGAGGCAGAAUGACUGUAUAUAUAUCUGUAGUCUAAACCCAAUGGCUGUUAUUGUCCACUCAGAAAACUGUGAUACAGUCCAACACAAGCAGAUGUAUGAAGACAGCAUAUGAUUUUCUUUUCUUCUCAGAUUGAACACAUUACAUUUUAGUUGGCUGUGUUGGAAUUUCCUUACAUGUUCUUGUGUUUCUAUAAAGACUAUUAAGUGGAAAUGAUGAAGAGCUUUAUUUAACAUAUCUGUACUCGGCACACCUGUCAAAUCAUCUUUGUCAUUGAUGUAAAGUUAUGUGUGAAAAAUGUUUGUCUUAGUGGUACUCUACUUAAGUUUUGUUUUCAAACAAAACGGUUGAGGAAACGGCAACUCUUCUUUUUUUUUUAAAUAAACCUGGAACAUGA